AUGGAGUGUCUAGACUUGCUCUGCGUCAAAUCAGAGUUGUCUGGACAAGAGCUGUUAAGACAGUCUUUAGAAGACCUGUUAAGACAGUCUUUAGAAGACCUGUUAAGACAGUCUUUAGAAGACCUGUUAAGACAGUCUUUAGAAGACCUGUCGAGCUUAGAUGGAUUUGUUCUUUUCAAGUUGCUUAGUGACUGCUAUUAUGAGUCUGUUGGUGAGACAGAAUGUCUCCGCCCUCCAGAACAUGCGCUGAUAUUCUGCCUUGUCCCAAGUCCAUUUCGAAGCUUACCAUAUCUUCCACACUGCGCAGCCUCUUGUUUUUGUCUUGUUUUUAUCUUGUUUUCGUCUUGUUUCGUCUUGUUUCGUCUUGUUUUCGUCUUGUUUUUGUCUUGUUUUCGUCUUGUUUUCGUCUUGUUUUUGUCUUGUUUUCGUCACCGGUGUAGACACAGCCCUUCCAGCUCCAAGAGUGAGCGCCAUUCAUGA